AUGCAAACAGACCACACUCAAGAGCUAAACAAAAUCGGAAAAGGUUUCUGUGGAACAGUUUGGUGCGCUCCAGCGGAGACUCUUACCAUCAAACGAGAGGAUAGUGGUUCCGAGAAAUCAGACUACAAUGACUUCAUCAUACAUCACAAUAUUCUCCCUGCUUUACCUUUAUCAAGUCGAUUUUGUGUCACACAGUGCUACAAAUACGUGCAAAACAAUGAUCAUACUUGGUGGGAUAAAGAGAUCUUUAAGUUUCCUGAGCAAUUUCAGAUCCGCUGUAAUGCGCUGGUCACUGAGCGCAUUCUACCAUUUCCUGAAGCCAUAAGACACAAGAUUAUCUCAUGCGAUAGUCUACUGGGGCCACAAGGAAUAUGA